UAAACAGGUUAUCAUCAUAUCAUUGAGUUUCACCAAGAGCUUAAUUUAUAUGUGUUAUAGAACAUUAAUUAGACAUACUAAAGUUACGUAUUAAAAUAUAAACUUUGUUAUAUAGCUUAAAUAAAAUGGUUUUAAUUAAAUCUUUAUUGUUUUGUUCCUUGUUGGUUGCAGGAUUACAAUUGUCAACUCAACAGUAUUUAUGGAAAAGAGCUGCUCUUGAAACCAACCCAAAUGUAUUGGGUGUUAGCGUACCAUUAAAUUCUGAAUUAGUAAUACGCGAACCCAAAACCAGUGAUCCGAGUGAAAACAACAACAAUGGUGGUAAACAACAAGGUGGAAACCAACAAGUAAGAGAACGUCGUGAACCAAAUAAUGGUGGUAGACAACAAGGUGGUAACCAACAAGGUGGUAGCCAACAAGGUGGAAACCAACAAGUAAGAGAACGUCGUGAACCAAAUAAUGGUGGUAGACAACAAGGUGGUAACCAACAAGGUGGUAGACAACAAGGUGGAAACCAACAAGUAAGAGAACGUCGUGAACCAAAUAAUGGUGGUAGACAACAAGGUGGUAACCAACAAGGUGGUAGACAACAAGGUGGAAACCAACAAGUAAGAGAACGUCGUGAACCAAAUAAUGGUGGUAGACAACAAGGUGGUAACCAACAAGGUGGUAGACAACAAGGUGGUAGCCAACAAGGUGGUAGACCACAAGGUGGUAACCAACAAGGUGGUCGCCAAGAAGGUGGUAGCCAACAAGUAAGAGAACGUCGUGAACCAAAUAAUGGUGGUAGACAGCAAGGUGGUAACCAACAAGGAGGUAGACAGCAAGGUGGUAGCCAACAAGGUGGUAGACAGCAAGGUGGUAGACCACAAGGUGGUAACCAACAAGGUGGUCGCCAAGAAGGUGGUAGCCAACAAAGAGGUAGCCAACAAGUAAGAGAACGUCGUGAACCAAAUAAUGGUGGUAGACAACAAGGUGGUAACCAACAAGGAGGUAGACAGCAAGGUGGUAGCCAACAAGGUGGUAGACCACAAGGUGGAAACCAACAAGUAAGAGAACGUCGUGAACCAAAUAAUGGUGGUAGACAACAAGGUGGUAACCAACAAGGAGGUAGACCACAAGGUGGUAACCAACAAGAUGGUAGCCAACAAGUAAGAGAACGUCGUGAACCAAAUAAUGGUGGUAGACAACAAGGUGGUAGCCAACAAGGUGGAAACCAACAAGUAAGAGAACGUCGUGAACCAAAUAAUGGUGGUAGACAACAAGGUGGUAACCAACAAGGUGGUAGCCAACAAGGUGGUAGCCAACAAGUAAGAGAACGUCGUGAACCAAAUAAUGGUGGUAGACAACAAGGUGGUAGCCAACAAGGUGGAAACCAACAAGUAAGAGAACGUCGUGAACCAAAUAAUGGUGGUAGACAACAAGGUGGUAGCCAACAAGGUGGAAACCAACAAGUAAGAGAACGUCGUGAACCAAAUAAUGGUGGUAGACAACAAGGUGGUAACCAACAAGGAGGUAGACAGCAAGGUGGUAGCCAACAAGGUGGUAGACAGCAAGGUGGUAGACCACAAGGUGGUAACCAACAAGGUGGUCGCCAAGAAGGUGGUAGCCAACAAAGAGGUAGCCAACAAGUAAGAGAACGUCGUGAACCAAAUAAUGGUGGUAGACAACAAGGUGGUAACCAACAAGGAGGUAGACAGCAAGGUGGUAGCCAACAAGGUGGUAGACAGCAAGGUGGUAGACCACAAGGUGGUAACCAACAAGGUGGUCGCCAAGAAGGUGGUAGCCAACAAAGAGGUAGCCAACAAGUAAGAGAACGUCGUGAACCAAAUAAUGGUGGUAGACAGCAAGGUGGUAACCAACAAGGUGGUAAACAACAAGUCGCAGAAUCUAAAUCAAUGUAGAAGUAAAGAAAAAACUAAAUUGUCUUAAAAAUAUGUAUUGUUUGAAAAAUGAUCUAUUUUGUUAAAUUUAAAUAAUUGCUAUGAUAUAAUAUAAAUUUGUAUUUUAUUAUACAUUUACAUAUUUUUUCUAAUAAAUUAAAUGUUAAUAUUUGAAAAAAUUA